GAGCCUCCGACCACCAUGGCCACCAGAAGUACCAAGGCUUCCACUUCUACAUUAAAUGGCACAAGCAGUGAUUCUCCAACCAUUGCAAACCUAACUUCCAUUAGCAUGGCUUCAAGCUUUAUAAUUGCGACAUCAGCCACCAUUGCUCCGACUUCACUCCCAGUCAGAGCCACUAGCAACUCCACCACUGCGCCCCCUGGGUUUCUAUCUUCUCUACUGAACAAGAUCCCAUUGCCAAGAUGGGCUAUCUAUGCUAUCAUCGCCCUUGUCCUCCUGGUGCUUGUCAUCUGUGUGCUGUGCUGCUGUGUGAAGUGCUGUUGGAAAGGGAAGAAGAAGAAGAAAAAGAGUCCACAUCAGAAGAUCAGCCUGAAGGGGAUUAACGGGACUACUACCACAGCACUGGUGCAACCUGAGGCAGAGGAUGCGGAGUAUGGAUCAGUUGGUCAGAGAAGAGGAAAGAUGCUCUACUCCCUGGAGUACAAUGCAACAUGCUCAGAGAUGAGUGUUGGAGUGAAGGAGGCUGCAGAGUUAAAGGUUAUGGACAGCACAGGAACAUCAGAUCCUUAUGUCAAAGUUUACAUCCUCCCCAACAAGUCCAAAACCUUUGAGACCAAAGUGUUCAGAAAAACCCUGAAUCCAGUGUUCAAUGAGCAAUUUAAAUAUCGGAUUCCUCAGAAGGAGCUCAGCGAGUCCACCCUGGUGAUGCAGGUGUACGACUUCAACAGGUUCUCCAAACACGAUGUGAUUGGGGAGCUGAGGUUGGAGCUCUCCUCUGUGGACUGGAAUCACGUGAUUGAGGAGUGGCGAGACUUGAGCGAGCCCUCAAAAUAUGAGCAAGAAAAUUUGGGGGAUAUCUGCUUCUCUCUGCGUUAUGUACCUACUGCAAGUAAGCUCACUGUGGUCAUCCUAGAGGCUAAGAACCUAAAGAAAAUGGACGAUGGAGGAUCUUCUGAUCCAUAUGUUAAAGUCCAGUUAAUUCUGGACAAGAAGAAGUGGAAGAAAAAAAAGACCUCUGUGAAGAAGGAAACUCUGAAUCCCUACUUCAAUGAAUCCUUUACUUUUGAAGUGUCUUUCGAUCAAAUCCAGAGAGUACAGCUGGUCAUUUCCGUGUGGGAUCAUGACAAAAUGAGCAGGAAUAAUGCCAUUGGGAAGAUUUUCCUGGGCUGUGAUGCCUCGGGGAACCAGCUGCGGCACUGGGCAGACAUGCUUUCAACCCCACGCAGGCCAGUAGCCCAGUGGCACACACUCCUCUCAGCUGAACAGGUGGACUCAACUCUGGCCUUGAAACGCACACUGAGAAUUCCUUUCACCAAUAUGACUUUCUGAAGAUUCGGGUCUUUCAUCUUGGUCCAUAUUGCUUUUUUUGUUAUGAUUGUGCAAUGUAUUUAUUAGAUAUGUCAAAAGGAAGAAAUUUGUUGCCUAGUUUAAAUGUUCAAUAGCAAUUAAAUCUAAUGUUAACAAAGGACCAAUAUGGUUGGAUAUCACAGUAGAUGGACUUUUAGAAUUUCAAAAUUGUUUUAUAAAUUAGUAUAUGUCCUGAAAUAUUUUAAUUUCAUGAAUAUCAUCAUUAACAUGAAAUGUAAGCAUUUGCACAAGUGUUAUAAUCUUCAGGUUCUAGACUUUAUAUAGUAUUGUUUAUACCUUGCUAUGAAUAUUCCAAAUAUUAUUUUACACUGU